UGAACGUACAAGUAGUUAAUGCAUUUUAGUUUUAAAUUGUAAAAUAUAACAUUAAGUUUUGAAGUGUUUAUGGAUUGUAUUGUUUUUCAUUAUAUGGUACAUCAUAACCAUCAUUACGUGUUUACCAAGCAAUUCACGAAAACAGAAAAAUGCCGUAUGAGUGGUCGGGAUUUAUAUAUGGACCCCUGAACACUCGUUAAGGGGUAGUAAAGCUGGCGAAAGAUUUAAAUGCAAUCCAAAGAUUUAUGUAAUAAGCCAAAUAUUAUCAUGCAUGCGAAGUGCAGAUCAAUAAACAAUGUCUUAUCUUGGUGAAAAGAAACGGAAACUUUCAAAAGCAAUCGCCAGUAAUGACUUUGAAAUGCACGCAACCAACCCACAAAAAGAGACAAGUGUCCGGAAGUUAAGUGGGAGAUCCGAGACUUCCGGAUUUAUGGACGGUGACCGGAAGACGGAUCUCAAGGAACCAGGGACCGUCGCCUCUCCGAUCAUGCCUUUUUUAAAAGAAGUCACCUUCAAUCUCGACAUAGGAAACGACAUUGAUGUCAAGAUCACCCCUGCAAAGUCUGUAAAGCCUGUAAGCGCGGACGUAUCUUCCCCGGAAACCCGUUCGUCAGCGGACCUCGCGUCCAAGCGACCGCGAGGGUACAUCCGGUCAGGGCGCUCUUCCGCCGUCCCUCACGUGCAAAAACUAAACGUUCGAACGGUCGCGAAGAUUAUUAAAGUCGGUGUGGGAGCCAAACACAGAAUGGAUAACAAAAAGCAAAGGCGCUCGUAUCCGGAAGCCCACCAUGACGGCCAUCGGCAGUCAGACUUCUCCCACUCUGCACGUGGUCGCCGCAGCACGUUUGGUGACGUCAUGCGGGACUCGCGGCGUCUGUCUAACUCCGUUGCGAGCUGGCGAGGUGCGGGGAGGCGGUCCAUCGGCUCAAAUCACAAGGAGGCAGAGCGGCUGAGAGAUUCAUCUUCACUCCUUAACAUGGCGGUCCGCGAGGAAGUUCAGAGGCGGCACUUAAUGGAGAAGUGGCAGUUCGCGGGUCGCUUCAGCUUACUCCUCCGCAGGUGGCUUUCCCGUCACUCCGUCCUCGAGGUAUCCCAGAUGCACCCGUUUUACCAGCAGUUCCAGCUGAUCAAGGACUCGGGCGGAGACCACACCCCUGCUGCCGCCGGAGAGUUCGAGGCGUCAUACUUCAAGGCAAACAAACAGCGGAAGAUGUCACAGGAGGCAGUACGUGUGCUCACAAUGUUUCCGGAACAACGCACCAAGGAAGAGGUCCACUACGCGAUGAUAGCGCUCCGGGGAAUUGACUGUAUCGCGGACUACCCACUCCGGAUGCAGGAGGCGCUCGCACGGCACGGCAUGUUCCAGAGUUUCGGUUCUAAGCGGAUCAUUGUAAAGCAAGGUCACGCCCCGGUCUACUUUUACUUCAUUCUCUACGGGACAGUGGUGGUGGCCACGUUAGAGAUGGGAGAGCCGUAUGCCAAGACCCGCGUCAUCCUCCGACGGGGAGAAAACUUCGGGGAGCUGUCUAUCGCCCACCGGACCAACCGCCAAUCCACCGUUAUCACCAUGGAAUACACAGAGUUCCUCACUAUCGACUGUGAUACGUACGAGAACAUAUUUAUGUCCGGGGGAGUCAAAACAAUCAACGACCCAGACCACAAUAACUUCAUGAGGUCGUUGUUUUUCCUGAAGCACUGGCCACUUGAGAUAUUGAGAGACAACCCAAAGGCUAUGAAGUUCUGCUACUUUAGCCGAAAGAAAUUAAUGGUUAAAGACAGUAACAUGUCUGAGUGGAUCUACAUCGUCAAAUCUGGAUCUCUGCGCGUGUACAAGAAACUACAGAAAUGCUACCCGCACGUGAACCACCGGACGGGGAACCACCGAGUGCGCGCUCACGUGGACGGAUACCGGUGCUUCAUGUCGCAAGAGAGCGAGUACCAUCGGUACGCCAUGUACAAUAACGUCAGUCUCCCGCCGCCCCUUGCCCCGGACAGUGACUCAGAGGACGAAGAACACCAUCUGUUCAAAUUCAAGGGUAAUGCAGAAGAGAAGGAGAACCUAUUAGCACUUCCGUUAAUGCAGCGGGUUGAGCGGCUGAUCCGGCCUCGGACGGCUGAAGGCGGCGUACUGGCAACGUACGGACAGUCACGUCACGGGCGCUCAUCCGGGGACCGGCCGAAAACCUCGGUACACAACGCAAAUGGUCGCUCGCCACUGAGACCUACACAGUUGAAGUUGCCGUCGUCACGCACCACGUCCUCCACCUCCAACACGACCUCGGACCUCGCCGUAGACCUUUCGUCGGCGACCGCUGACGGCGGUGACGGCACUGAUGGCGCUGAUGGACGGCGGACGUUGUUAGACGACUUCGAGGGCUCGUCGAGACGGAAGAAUGCUGAGCACGAAAAACGGCUGCAAGCGCCUGAACGGAACCACGCGCCCUCCACUGCCAAGUAUCAUGUGUCAAGUGGGGAUAUCGACGAAAAUGCAAUCAGCACGCGACACGCCGUGUUUGUCACGGACGUGAAAAAGGAGGUGACGGCGGCCGACCUGGACCCCGAGUUUGUUCUAAUACAGACCCUUACAAAGGGUCAGGCGUUCGGCAUCCAGCAGCUAUUGACUGAUAACCAGCCUUCCCUUGCACUGGUCAGUGGUGGCGCCGAGUGCAUCAUGAUCAACAAACGCUUCUUCAAAGACAACUGUGAUCCAAACGUUCUCCAGGCGCUUAGACAACAGGUAUCGCCCUACCCUAGCGACGAGGAUUUACAGCGGAGCCUCCAGACGCGGGUCGACUGGUUGCGCUACCGGAAGGUCACUCUUUGUAACCUCAUGGCGGAACACACUUCCUACCGACCCGCCCGCGCUAAGUCCGCAGGCAGGAACCUCGUUUUGAAAUGACCACAACUUUACACUAGGGUGUAGACACUUAUUUAUUUUGUACAUAGUUAAUGUGCUCAAGAAUUGCAAUCCCCUAAGCAGCUACUGAAAGAAAAAAAAGAAGCUAUUAAGUGGUGUCAUUGUAUUCUCCUUAUACACAAUGUAAUAUGAAAUCAAAUUGAAAUUACACAUACCCACAAACUAAAAGAAUGCUCCAAAUGUGAUAACAUGUUCUGAAAAUACUUAAUGAAGAUUUGCGUCACGGCACUGCUUCCUGUACAAAUAUUGUAUGUGGAAAUAACUGUUGCAUGGAGGUUCCAAUCAUUUAAUACAAGCGUGAGGAAUUGACAGAAACAGUAAGAACCUGUCUGUCAAAAGUGUAAACUGCAAAUGACGGGCUUGUUAUUGUCUGUGUCUACCGUAUUUUACUUGCGAAACGUUAUGCAAUGUGAACAAAUAGAAACUGCUGUAUUUCAACACUUAACAAUUAUCUGUGAAUUAUUAUCAGAAAACUUAUUCUUAUUUUAAUAAAAGAGACAUAUACA